AUGGAGAGCAUCAGCCUCCAGCGACCCACUUGGAAAUGGCAAGUACUGAGUUUGUUUGCGCUCUUCGGCUGGGGCUGGGUCUCCGGGCAGAUCCGUUACUCAGUGCUUGAGGAGUCGGAGGUGGGAACCGUGGUGGGGAACGUGGCCCAAGACCUAGGCUUGAAGGUGGAGGACCUGCCAGGUCGCAGGUUGCGCCUGGGCUCGGAGGAGAGCCGGCAGCACUUUGCCGUGCGCCUAGACAGUGGAGCGCUGGUGGUCAGCCAGCAGCUGGACCGGGAGCGGCUGUGCGGAGCGGCUGCCAGCUGUGUGCUGUCAGUGCAGGUGGUGACAGAAAACCCCCUGCAGCUCUUCCGUCUGGAAGUGGAGAUCCUGGACUUGAACGACAACUCUCCAAGCUUCCCCACCACUCACCGCAGCCUGCGCAUCGCCGAGUCUGCCACGGUCGGGGCACGUUUCCCCCUGGAGAGCGCGCAGGACCCCGAUGUGGGCACCAAUGCUGUGGGCUCUUACCGGCUGAGCCCCAACUCUCACUUCUCCCUGGACAUCAGGCAGCAGCAGGAUGGCAAACUCUUCCCAGAGCUGGUGCUGGAGCGUGCCCUGGACCGGGAAGAGAAGCCAGAACUGCAGCUGGUGCUGACGGCCGUGGAUGGGGGGAGCCCAGCCCGCUCAGGCACAGCGCAGAUAAUGGUUCUGGUCCUGGAUGUCAAUGACAACGCGCCCACCUUUGACCAUGCCACCUACAAGGUGCAAGUCCCUGAAAACACUCCUGUGGGGUCCCUGCUCCUCCGGCUCAAUGCGUCUGACCCUGACGAGGGCCCCAACGGGCAGGUGCAGUACUCCUUUGGGCUGCACACCUCUGACUCCGUCCGGAGGCUCUUCACCCUUGAUCUCCGCAGUGGUGAGGUCCGGGUGAGCGGAGCCCUGGAUUUUGAGGAAUCCCCUUUCUAUGAGAUUUAUGUGCGAGCCCACGAUGAAGGGGUCCCGGAGAUGGAGGGCCACUGUGUGCUGCGGGUGGAAGUGGUGGACACCAAUGACAACCCACCAGAGGUGCUGCUCACCUCCCUGCUGAACCCAGUGCCAGAAGACACCCUGCCAGAGACUGUUGUGGGGCUCUUCAAUAUACGGGACCGAGACUCGGGGGCCAAUGGGGUUGUGAGCUUGGAGAUCUCCCCCAGUGUGCCUUUUGCCAUUAGGUCUCUUCAGAACCAUUUCUCCCUGAUCACCAGGGAGAGCCUGGACCGAGAGGCUACCUCACAGUACGUAGUGGCACUGAUUGCUCAGGAUGGUGGGGUUCCUGCCCUCACCUCAACACUUACGCUGCUCCUGAAUAUAUCUGAUGUGAAUGACAACCCCCCACGCUUCUCGCAGCCCUCCUACGAUGCCUUCCUCCCAGAGAACAACCCGCCUGGCUCCCUGCUGUGCACUGUCUCUGCCUCGGACCCUGACGACGGGGUUAAUUCCCGGCUUGUUUACUCCAUACAGAGUGGGCAAGUGCAGGGCGCCCCCACCUCUUCCUUUGUUCACAUCGAUCCUGACAAUGGCAACCUCUACGCUCAGCGCACCUUUGACUUCGAGCUGCUGCAGGUUCUGCCGGUUUCUGUGGCUGUGCGGGACUCAGGUUCCCCCCCACUCCAUGCCAACGUUACCGUUUACAUCUUUGUGCUGGACCAGAACGACCACUCCCCCACCAUCCUGCACCCUGCCAGUGACGGGGAUGGCCCAGCACCCCAGAGGGUUCCACUCUCUGCCCCACCGGCCUACCUGGUCACCAAGGUGACAGCAGUGGAUGCGGAUGCUGGGCACAACGCCUGGCUUUCGUACCACCUGCUGCCUCAGUCCACCGACCCCUCUUUGUUCCACAUGUCCCUGUACACUGGGGAGGUGCGGACGGCACGUGCCCUCCAGGACACAGACGUGAUGGUGCAGCAGCUCGUUGUCCAGGUGACAGACAACGGUGACCCCCCACUCUCCACCACUGUCACCAUCACCGUGGCCCUGGAGGAGACAGCCCCGGAAGAGAGCUACAAACCUCGGGAUUUUCUGUCUGCUGCCAAGGAGAAGCCGGACCUGACCCUCUACCUGAUCAUUGCUCUGGCGGCCGUUAGCACCAUGGCUUUAGCCACUGUCACCCUCCUGGCUGCCCGGUGCCUCCGUCGCAGAGGCCCCUCGCCCUACUGCUGUUGCUGGCUUAGCGAGUCGCCUUCCCGGGACUUCUUCAAGCACUCCAGCCCCAAGCUGCAGCUCAACUCCGACGGCACCCUCAAGUACAUGGAGGUCACCCUACGACCCACCGACUCCCAGUCCCAAUGCUACAGCACCUGCUUCUCCCAAGGCUCUGACCGGAGCGAUUUCACCUUCCUCCGGCCUUGCCCGCCCUCUGCCACCCUACCGAGGGAAACCGAGGCUUUCCUUUCCGCUACGGGUACGCUGCGGGACCCCGGCCAGGUGAGAGCCAUGGGGCCGAGGGAAGGCGGUGCCGGUGCGGGGCUCGUCGGGCGCCCAGACCGCGCAUAUCCUGGCUCUGUCCCCCUCCCCCCCAACCCCCCGGCACCACCGUCCCCCGUGGCCGCUGUUGCUACCCUGCCACGGGGGUCCGGGGAGGGGGGUGCGGGGUGCGCGGAGCCGCCGCCGCUGUCGGGAAAGCUCCGCGCAGGUUCGCGCCGCGCGGCAACAGUCCGUGGGUUGCGAUUGGCGCCGGUGUUGCUGUCCUGGGAAAGGAGCUCGGCGAUUGGAGGAGCGGCUAAGGGCUGA